AUGAUCAUACCUGCCAAUCUUUCGUUGAAGCGACCAGCUCCCAUGUUCCCUGAGCUCGAGAUCAACAACAAAACCACCAGUAUCACCAAGUGCCAGAGAUGGAGGAUCCGACCAAGAAAACGUUCUCGUUCCGAAUACCUAUGCGACAGUCCGAAAGGAGUAUCAUCGGAUGAUUGGAUGGAACUCGAGUCCAUGUUAGACGACGACUUGGAGCUUGAAGCUCUUCCGAUAUCCUUGGAAGCAAAUGAAUAUGUACACGAAGAGGAGGAAACCAUUCCCAACAACUUCACAAAGAUGAGCCGGACGUGUAGUGUGGAGGAUCUUAGAUCCACUCUGAUUUCAUCGUCAGCAGCUGCACCUCGAUCACGAUUGUAUGACGAAACCUCGUUCAUCAGCUCUGGUGAGGACAAGCGCCACAUUAUACCCACCGUACACGAGGAGGGGAGUCCCAUUGCUAUGACUAUGGGCUCGGAAACGAACAAGGGAAAAGAUCAUUCCGAAGCAGAGCUGUUGACGUUGACUUCCUUCCCAUUCCGCAUCUUCUCGGCGGAUGACAACUUUUUCCGUUUGACGGGUUUGGCAUCCAGCACCGUGGUCGGUGAACCACUACUAAGUGUGUUCACCAUGCAACAGUCCGAACUUGGGCCACGCAUUAUGGAUAGCCCUUGGGAAUAUUUUGGUAAAGAUGGCAAUACUGUGUCAGUCCCCAGUGGACAAGGAGGAGUGUCAACAAAUGGCGCUCCCGCUAGCAAUAUUACCCGCACCAUGAAAAUAGAGGCAGUUUGGGGAACCUCCCAAGACCAGAAACAAACCGCACAAGUUUCUCAUUACAGAGUGACGCUACACUAG